AUGUCUUCCCUGAAAUCUCGUUUAGAUCUAGCGAUCAAUUCAUACUUUGAUAGUACACACAUUUUAAAUUUGUCAUAUCUUGGUUUUCUAAAGACUUUGAAACCUUUCUGCGUCUCAAAUCCGAACUCAAGUGAGAACCAAAACGCUAUAUUACGAAAGAAAUAUUUAGAUUUUUUAAGGAACCUUCUUACUGAAGAAGAGAAGCAAGAGAUGCAAGAUGAGCAUAUUAAGGAGCGAUGUGAACUUGUAGAACUUCUUUUACAACAGUUCCUCCUUGCGGUGGGUGUCGUUCCUCGCACUUCGUUCGUCUGUUGCGGGGGUGCUCGUGGGGUGUCGUCCUUACGUAAAGAACCUGAAGUAAAGAACUUUUGGAGAAUUGUUGAGCUGGAAAGAGAACUAGAAACUGAGUUAGAAAAUAAAAAGAUUGUUGUCAAGCGCAAAUCACAAAUCGACGGGCUGGAGUUGCUCGAUGUCGCUCGUCAGCAACAAAAUCACGAACUCGUUGAUGAGUUAAAUCUACAGAUAUCGAAAAAACCGCGUUUAAUGAUACCUAAAGUGAUGACAGAGGAAGUAACGAACGAUUCGGAAGAGAGUGAGGCAGAAUCUAUUAAUGUGGAACAAAAUGAUGAAGAAAUCAGGAUGCUUUCACAGGAUGAGGUUAACAUUCGUAAUAAAUUACUUGCGAUUUUGACUUCACAACAAAAAAAAGAUAAGAAAUCUGGAAAAGAUUGUGUAUCAUCUAUAUCUCUCAAUCAUAUUAUCGAUUUAUCAAAUAAUGAAGUGUUCAAACAAGUUAAUAGUACAUUAAAUGAAAGUCAAAUUGAAUGGCUCAAUACGGUUCUCCAACGAAAAUCCCGGAAACAAACAGGUGAAUUUCAACAGUAUAUAAGUCAAUUCACCGAGGAUUUAUGUGAUAGAAUAAACAUUCCAAUUCUGGUCCGGGAGUCUUUUGUUCCGAAGGGAUCAUUUAAUUCUUAUCGUCAUGAAGCUCAUGAUAUCGCGCAACAAAUUUUAACGCAUUUUUCCGUCCGCCUGGAAGCACCAAUAAGAGUUGAAUCCAAUAGCCUUGACCUUGAAAGAACAUAUGCGAUAGACACCACUGUGUACAUUUUAAAUCGAUUAUUUAGAAUGCAUCAAGAUGUAGUGGACAUCGGAUGGAUUGAGUUGACCACUCCCGACACAAAAAAGCACAAGAUUGAUGGACUUUUCAAAGUGAUUAAGGCGACACAAAAAAAUCAAGCCAUAAUAAUUGUCGAGUUUUCAUUUGGUAGAAGAGCGCCUUUAACAAAAGAAGAUGGCGAUCAGGUCAAAUUAUGUCGAAAUUCAAUGCGAAUUUUGAAUAAGUUACUACAAGGUGUACCUAAGGACAAAGCGCGUGUUUAUCUGGUACAAGCUGUCAAUGGCUACAUCAUUAUCAAGUAUCUAGUUCGUUCUUUACCAUCAAUAUAUAUUCUUCAACAAUUCGCGUGUAUUAAAAUACCCGUGUCCUUUGACGAUUUUGAACAGUUCGCAAAAGAUAUGGCGGACUUGAUGAGUUGGCAGGUUGACGUGUUGUCAACGAUUAAAGCAAUUAAUAAAGAAUCAACCGGAGAUAACAAUAUCCAUAUAACUUCAGUUCAGGAUACACCAGCAAAGAAAACGAAUAAUAAAAAUCAACCUUUACCUUCAUCACCUAAAUCCCCAUGUCCCGGAUCUCCAUCACAGAGCUUGUUUUCAUAUUUAGAAUAG